UGUGCAAGCAGCGGCUCGCGCCGGCGAACGCCCGGACUGAGCUUUUGCCGCGGCGCUGCCCAGCCGGAGCUUCUUUCUCCUCGCGCCGUCGCGCGCGAAAGGGAAAGCGCGGCGGCGAUCGGCCGCUCGUGGCGCGAGUCCUUGCGCGCGGCGCGGCGCCGUCGCUGCUCGAAAGGCCGCUUUCGCGUUUGACAGUUUGGCCCGAGAGCUGGCGCAGUUGCCACGGAGACGCAAGCGCGCGCGCAGCGCAGCCGCCGAAUUGGCCUCCGCCGGGGAGCGAGCAGACGCAGCGUGCUGGUCGAGUGCGCCGCGAUGCGCCGCGGGCUGAUCCGCGGCCCACGGUGCGACUCUGACAGUCGUCGUCGUCGUCGUUCUUGCGACAGUUGACUGGAGCCUGGUCGUCGAGAGAAUCAGUGCGCGGCGCGCUCGCAGCAAUGCUCAACUGCAGCGAUCUCGAGUGCAUACUGCACCAUCAUCACUACUACCAGCACCUGCAUCAGUUGCAGCAGCACCUCGGCGCUCGAGGAAGAGACGCGCUAUCUACUGCGUCUGAGGAUGUAGGAGAAGGUAUUCAAUCACCAGAAAAUGAUACGAAUUCCUUGCAAUCGUUGUCGCAUCUCGAUCCACCGGCCGACAGCGUGUACAUGAUAUGCGGCGUCCUCAUCGCCAUGGUCCUUGUCGGCGUGAUAAUCGUCCUCCUCGCCGUCACGAUCAGCAAACUGCGCAAGCGGGAGGACAGCCAGCAUCACCAGCCGAACCAGGUACACCCGGAGCAAGUGCAGUGCCCGCCGAUCAACAUGAUGGCGCCCGACGCCGCGAGUACGCAGUCCAGCUGCAACAACAACAACAGCGUGGGCAUCGUCAAUCGGGCGAUGUCUAGCAGCACGACCACCGUCGACUCGUGCUGCAACGACAAGUCGGCCGCGUCGACCAUCGUCGCUGCUGCGCUGGAGAACGCCGCUGGCACCACCAUGGUCUACACCACCAACACCGGCGCCGCCGAGCAGUUCAUCUGGCAGUUCCCGCCGCCUUAUCCACCGCCCAACACGCCCCCGCCUCAGUACACGUUGUACAAUGAUCAGGACACACUAGUACACGGGCUACAGUCGGCGGACAGGCAAGGCUUUGGAAAGAGUUUUCGUAAGAACUUGGGUGGACGCUGGCGUCGCCUGGUGAAAAGGAAGCCGGAAAACGAGAGCUGCGCUAUACCGCCAGAACUCAAGGAUCAGCUCAAGACCAUCUACGUUUAUUAAGAUUACAGCGUUUAUCAACUUGUUUGUUUUAAUUAAGUAUGCGUCAGCAGCGUCCGCUCUAUUUAAGAUUUCUUUUGCGAAUGAACACUACGAAUGUUUAUAUGUUGCCGCGAGAAGAUCUGGACGAUCCGCAACGCCGAUGAUAUCAAAAAUAUGAAAAACACCAACAAACACGUGAGUGCCUUCCGCGUCGACGUCGUUAGCCAUUGUUCAUUCGCUCGUUCGUUCGUCAUGGUUUUGACUUCAAAUUUCGAUUAUAUGACUAGUUCAAAAUUAUAAUUACUUGCAAGACUCGAGCGAUGCGAGGAACGAUGAGGAUGAAAACCAGCAAAACAUUAUUAGGCGAGACGUCAUAAGAGAAAUUGAUAAAAAAAGACGACGCUACGCGCGACUACGUAGAAAAAUUGAAAGAAUUAAUCGAAGCCUUCAUGAGACUGAUCGUGGUUAAAGGGUGUAUACGGCAUAGGUGUACGUCUUUAACGCGGAGCCCCCCUCUCUCCUAAAAAAAAGAAAUAAAUAAAAAAGAAAGAAGCGCACGAGAACGAUAGUGAUGAUGAAGAGUAUUUUAUUUUGCCUUCGGGGUAUCUUUUAGUAUUAAACAUGAGAGAAAAAGAUUAGCGAUGGACUCUCGGCGUUGCCCUUCCAGAUUGUGCGUGUGUGCGUGCGUCUAUGUGUGCGUGGGAUAUCAGUAUAUUUCUCGACGAAUGUCAAACGAGAGAUUGUUUUCUCGUCAAUUGUUAGACUCUUAGUUAAGUCUCGGCAGCUACGGCUCACCACGAUCUUUGUACAUAGAUAUUUGUAAAAGCGAAAGCAAUAAGGCGCGUAUCACGUAUCUUUCACUCAUACUUUUCCUCUUCAACUCUUCUAUUUUCUGUCUUUUCUUUUGUAAGUCUUGAUUGUACAUUUAUAAGCGAAUAGAAUUGUUGGUCCUUUUAUCUACUUGGCUAUCGUCACAGGGAUCAAUAGUGGAUGAUGAUGAUGAUGAUGAUGAUAAUGAUGAUGAUGAUGAUGAUGAUGGUGAUGAUGAUGAUUAAGUGUCCUGCGACGAUAUUGCCGACAACGAUGAAUUCAACGGGAUUGACUUGAGACUCUCUUUAACUCGGUACGAUAGCUCACAUUGAGCUUACACUAUAUACUAACCAAUCUCCGUCGAAAUGGUAUUUUAGUUGAAUUGUUGUAUUAUGUUGUUACGUAGAUCUAUCGGUUGUAUUUGACGAUAAAAAGAAUUUCGUUGACUAUCACCAUUACGUGCACAAGAGCACCGUUGAAAAGCUUUACUAGAAAUGAUUAUUAUUUAUUAUUUUUCUCUAUUUCAAGUCGUUGAUUAUUGAGAUUAACACUAUUUUUAGAUGAAUAUUUUUCAUAUGAUUGUUGUUUCAGAAUAAAAAAUAAAACUCACGAAUAGUAUCUAUUUUUUUAACAAAGUAUUUUUUGUACUGACUUUCAAUGGUGCUAUCGAGAAGAAACAAACUACUUUGGGACAGUGACAUUGAACGAGAAAUAACAAAUUUUCAUUGCGCUCAUUGCCCAAAGAGAUUGAACUUGUCGCGCUGGUUAAAUUAUUGCUCGUGACCACUCCUCGAAAGUUAGCGUUUCAGGAAAUAAUAAAAGAAUAACUCCAUCGAUGUGUUACAAAAAGCUUACAUACUCGACCAACCGGUAAUCGUCUCCCGAAACAUAUGUUGACUAAUUAAUCAUUUUUUUCUUCUUUUGCUUGUCUUCGUUUUUAUCGAGAUCUGCUAGUGGCAUAAUGAUUUAUGAACAAGAAAAAUAGAAACAAAAAUAAAAUUGCGAAUCGAAACAGCGAUGCGUUUUAUUGUAACGAAUGAAGACCAACGAUGUGCCUAAAAACAUAUCUGUUUAAUGUAAUAAGAACGAGGCUUCAAAAGCCGUCGGUUUAUGUGAAAAAGUGAUUUACAAUAGAUAGAUCAAAGCUGCGCUCUUUUAUUUCCUAGUCACUUUAUAAUAAUAACGAAAUUUUCAAAGGACUUGUACCAUACAUAGAAAAGAAAAACAUUUACGCAGCUUUUUAUUCUUUCAUAUCCAAUGUUCUAAUGCAACAAUAUCAAAUAAAGUAUUCCAAACGUA